AUCCUUCAACGUCAAGCCGUGCCCGAACCAAGCAUUAUUUGCCCCAGUUCCCCCCACCGUACUUCGUUGCUCGAAGCCUGUUCCCCAACUCUCGUUAUCUUCCAGCUUCCACCACGCAUUCGCCGCAGCACUAUCUGUCUCUCGCAUUCCAUGGACCGACAUGAACAGUCAUCCCGUCCGGCACCGAAGUCAGACCGGCGUCUCCUCUUCCGGGCCUGAGCGUACGGUGGACGGCGUCUCCGGCAACCGCACCAUUCCCCCGUCCAAAUCCAGCUCUGUGCUGUCUGCCAAGCUUCGCCGGCACGGAGUGAAGGUUGUCUCAGCCCUCAAGUCCUUGACCAACAGCUCAUAUGAGCAACCCGUCGUCACUGAGCAGUUGAGCCCGGUCUCUGGAGGUUAUCGAACCAAGUCAGCCUUCGCGCUGGGCAUGCACAAGAUGUCGAAUGCCAUCUUCCGCAGUCCUCCGCAGCCCACAGUCGUCCGCAGGGCCUCGCCAAAGGGCCGACCAUCGCUGAAGGAGACCUUCCAAGUUGCGGGGGUGUUGCUCCCAUCGCCUCCUGCGUCCCGGCUGGCCCACAGCACAAGCUCAAAUAUCAGCUGUAACAAGGCCAGCAGCUCCCAGGGCAGCUGCGCCAAGGCGACUCUGGACACGACGACCAUAUCUCCCCGAGAAUCGACUUUCAAGGAUGGAGACCUCAACGCGAUUGGGGGGCGCGGGCGAGGUGUUGAGCCGAAGCUCAGCGCACAGCGUGCCCGCCGCGGCCCCGGUUCACAACCCACCGUAAUCCCGCCUCGUCCUCCGGGUAACUUCGACAACGGCAACGGCAACGACAACAACCAGCUGGUGACCAUCCAGGAAAUGCCCCUCAACCACUGCCGCCCCAGCAUCGCCACCGUCGAGCGCGCCGCCGCCGCCAAGAUCUGCCUCGAGACGCGGUUCAACGAGCUCCUCUCCCCGGGGCCGUCCCCGCGGCAGAUGCGGCAGCAGAUGCUGGAAACCGACCUGUUCAACCGCGCCCGGCGCCGCGGCACGCCGCUGAGCGCCGACGAGGUGCUCGCGGCGCGGGCCCGGUUCGCGCAGCGCGAGAGCCAGCACCUGCGGCGGCUGCGGGUCAUGAAGGCGCGCGGCCUGCGGGCGCUGGGCGGCGCGUCGGCUGCGGCGGCGCCCCAAGAUGGGUCCCGCGUGAUGGACUACGAGACGGUCAAGGUCCUGGGCAAGGGCAGCUUCGGAGUGGUGAGGCUGGUUCGGCAUCGCCGUCGGCCGGGACGGGUGUAUGCGAUGAAGGUGAUCAAGAAGAGCAAGAUGCUGAGGUCGAGCCAGGAAGGGCAUCUCAGGGCUGAGAGGGACAUUCUGGUGGCUAGUGAGGGAUCGAGGUGGAUCGUGCCGCUCGUCGCCAGUUUCCAGGAUCUCUCGAAUCUGUACUUGGUGAUGGAGUACAUGCCUGGCGGAGACUUCCUGAGUCUCUUAAUCCGCGAGAACACGCUGCACGAGUCGGUGGCACGCUUCUACAUCGCCGAGAUCGUACUAUGUGUCGAGGCCGCGCACUCGCUCAAGUGCAUCCACCGUGACAUCAAGCCCGACAACUUUCUCAUCUCGGCAUCGGGCCACCUCAAGAUCAGCGACUUCGGGCUGGCAUUCGACGGGCAUUGGUCCCACGACACGACAUACUACAGCAGUCACCGGCUCGAGACCGAGAGCCGCUGCGCUGAGGCGACCAAGAAGAGGCCGAGCGGGAUAACAAUCGGCAUCGAAAGGCACGGCAAGAAAGACAUGCAUGACGGCGAGCCUCUGCUCAACUGGCGCAACCGCUGCGGAAACCGCAAGUCGGCCAGAAGCAUUGUGGGAACCAGCCAGUACAUGGCCCCCGAAGUGAUCGAGGGCAGGAGAUACGACGCCCGGUGCGACUGGUGGAGCGUCGGCGUCAUCCUGUUUGAGUGCAUUUACGGGCACACGCCCUUCCUAGCCGAGGAGGGCCGGCACAAGACCAAGGAGAACAUCUUGCGGCACCACGAGACCUUCGGCUUCCCUUCGCGCCCGAGCGUGUCGCGCCGAUGCCAGCACCUGAUCCUGUCGCUCAUCACGGAUAUGGAGUACCGGCUUUGCUCGGAGCGCUACCGCAUGAAGGACCGCGUCACGUCGUCGUCGCCUUCAUUCUGCCGCAGCUCUCGAGGGGUCGGCGCCAGCACCCGUUGCUGUGGGCCGCGCGACUUUGCCGGUCGCUAUGUGUUUCCCUAUGACGCCGAGGACAUCAAGGCCCACAAGUGGUUCCGCAACGUCCCCUGGGAGCGACUGCACGAGGUGACUCCCCCGUUCGUCCCGAAGCUUCGCUCCGUCGACGACACGCAGUACUUCGACGACGGCGAGUCGGUGAGCGACGCGAGCGAGAGUCAACAAGAGAUAGAAGAGCCGUGCGGGAACGGUCACGACGGGGCGGCUGAGCGGCCGCAAGGCCCACAGUUGCCCUCGUUCUCCCCCUUGUGCUCAAUUCAAGAGGGCAUCGACUGGCCUCCCGCACUCUAUCCCUCCUCCCCCGCAGCAGGACAGAACCGGAACACCCAGACACAUCCUCACCGCAACCUGAUCCACGACCUCAGAGACCCGGCGAGCAGCACAAAAGACCACCAGUACUCAAUCCCACCCCCGCUGCCGUCAUUGGAAUCCCCCGUCGCAGCAGCAGCGCCGCCAUUUGCGGUCGCCUUCAACAAUAACAACAACAACAGCCCCAACCCGUUCCCCUCGCCCCUGCCGCCCCCAACGAAGGAACAGCUCACGUUCCUCCGUCCGCUACGGCGCACGCUGCAGGAGUUCGCACUGGCAGCGAUCGCGACGCCGGCGCCGCCACCGCCGCCGCACGACGGCGCGGCCGCGAGCACCUGCCGGCAGCACACGAUCGAGCAGUACCUGGCGCGGCUGCCGGGCGCGACGGACGCCGAGCGGGCGCGCCUGCGCGAGUUCGUCCGGCGCUUCCGGCCCACAGCAGCAGCAGCAGCAGCAGCCGCAACCACCCCGGCGGGGGCGGGGGCAGCGGGAGCGGCGCGGGCCGACCAGCAGCGCCGCAACAAGCGCCCGCGGGACCGGCUGCUGCGGGACGCGGCGACGAGGGGCGUCGCGAUGGAGGUGCGCAAGCGCACCGCCUUUCUGGGGUACGAGUGGCAGCGCAUGGGGCUGGGGGAGGAGGAUGAGGAUGAGUAUGAGGUGGUGGAUGAGCAGCAGCAGCAGGAGGAGGAGGAGGAACAUCGGGAUCAGGAUUGGGAGGAGGUGGGUGGAAGGGGCCCGGGGCUGGAUGGGGAGGGCGGCGGCGGCGGCGGUGGCGAAAAGGAGAACGGCAACGGCUAUGCUGGCGGAGGUGGUGCGGGGUGGGGAACAGCAGGUCGUGCUGUUCCUCCGUACGAGGCCGGGAACGGCCAGCCGGGUCCGGUCCUGCACCAGCCUCGCGAGACGGCGUAUCAGGGGUGGUCGCACGACGUCGCUCCCAUGCGGGCCAUGUAG